UGCCUAUGUCAUUAGUACAAUAUCAAACAAAUAAUUCAAAACAACAACAAUACUAUAAUAAUAUGGUCAGGCAGGUAGAGCCUUCUGAUGUGCCAACUUCCAAAUUAUCAUAAUUUAAAAACCUUUCCUACUAAUACAAGUAAACUAAAUAAGUUGGGAUUCCAUUUGGAAGUCUAUCAAACAUCAACCUGCUCAGUUCAUAAAAUUAGACUGAAAAUUCCAACCACCGGUUUUAUUACCAGUUGAAAUAAGCAUGGUUCUAUCAGAUCCUGGCAACCCUUCUCUCUCUUUUUCUCUCUAUCUUUUGUGCAGAGCUGAAGUGGGAUUUUCAUGAAGUCCAAAGGCUUGGAUCUUACCAAUGGGAGGACUGGAGCAUUUACAUUAUUUUCUGUUUUUAAGUUUAUUGUUCUCUCCUCUGUUGCAUUCGUCUUCCUCAAUAUCUCCCUCCCUCUCUAUACCAUCGUUUCAACUCGUUAUAACUUCAGCAUAAAGCAACCAAUCCUCAAGUUUGCUUCUUCUUCUUCUACUUCGAACUCUGUUUCAUUUCCUAUAUAUCAAUCUAACUAUUCUAAUAACACAAGACAAGGAGCUUCUUCAACAACACCUUCUGCAAAGCCCUCAGCCAAUUCUAACUCCAUAUCUUCUCUGCUUCUUCUUCAAUCACCAACUGUUAAAUUAGUACAGAAUUCUUCUGCGGCUGCUUCAUUUUCUAAUGACAAAUUGAAUUCUUCGGUUAAAAAGCAAAUUGGGAGGCAGAGGAUAUUGCAGAAGGGAUGUGAUUUAUCUAAAGGGGAAUGGGUGCAAGAUCCAAAUGCGCCAUACUAUACGAAUUCAACUUGUUGGAUGAUACAGGAGCAUCAGAACUGCAUCAAAUUUGGAAGGCCCAACUUGGAUUUUCUCAAGUGGAGGUGGAAGCCGGAUGGCUGCGAGCUUCCGCUGCUUGAUCCGGCCCAGUUCUUGGAGAAGAUGAGGGGGAAGAUUUUGGCCUUCGUUGGAGACUCGUUGGCUAGAAAUCAAAUGCAGUCUUUGAUGUGCCUUUUGUCCAGGGCGGAGUUCCCAAAAGAGAUGCCAUCAACAGAGGAGAACCAAACACGCAUGUUCUACGAAAGCCACAACUUCACCAUCUGGUUCUUCUGGUCUCCCUUCCUGGUUCGUGCAGCCCAAUCCAACCACACCCUGCACAGCUUCCCUUCAUGGAAUCUCUACCUCGACGAGCCCGACCCGCUAUGGCCUUCCCUCCUCCCCAACUUCAACUUCGUCGUCCUCAACUCCGGCAACUGGUACACCCGCCCCUCCCUCUUCCACCUCAACCGCACCCUCGUCGGCUGCCACUACUGCCCCAUACCCAACCCACCUUACAUGAGCCUGCGCCGCGCCCAUCGCCACGCCUUUCGCACCGCACUCAACACCGUCGCCGCCGCCCGCCGGCGAGGCUUCAAAGGCCUCACCGUCGUGCGGACGGUCUCUCCGUCGCACUUCGAGGGAGGAGAGUGGGACAAGGGAGGUGAUUGUGCGCGCACGAAGCCGUUUCGUGGGGGCGAGGAGGCGCCGAGGCUGGAGGGAUUGGAGAAGGAGAUGUAUGAGGAGCAGUUGAAGGAGUUUUGGAAGGCGAAGUGGGAGGGGAGUGAGGUAGGGUUGGAGUUUAGGCUUUUGGAUGCCACUAAGGCUAUGCUGAUGAGGGCGGAUGGGCAUCCGAGCAAGCACGGCCACUCCGCCAAUGAGGUGAUGGUUAUGUAUAAUGAUUGCGUGCAUUGGUGUCUUCCGGGGCCUGUGGAUAUGUGGAAUGAUUUCUUGUUUCAAAUUAUUGAUAUGUGA